CGACAGAAACCCCCGGUAGCCCUUACUGCCGGGCCGCCGAGGGAGGUGGUGGGGUCGGGGAGCAGGAGGCCGAGGAGCCGCCGCCAGAGCCGCAGCCAUGGAGGACGAGAUGCCCAAGACCCUGUAUGUAGGCAACCUUUCCCGAGAUGUGACAGAAGCCCUAAUUCUCCAGUUGUUCAGCCAGAUUGGACCAUGCAAAAACUGCAAGAUGAUUAUGGAUGUAAGGACAGCGGGAAAUGAUCCUUACUGUUUUGUGGAGUUCUAUGAGCACCGUCAUGCAGCUGCAGCACUAGCUGCUAUGAAUGGACGGAAGAUAAUGGGUAAGGAAGUCAAAGUGAAUUGGGCAACAACCCCCAGCAGUCAGAAGAAAGAUACAAGCAGUAGUACCGUUGUCAGCACACUGCGUUCACAAGAUCAUUUCCAUGUCUUUGUUGGUGAUCUCAGUCCAGAAAUUACAACUGAAGAUAUAAAAGCGGCUUUUGCACCAUUUGGAAGAAUAUCAGAUGCUCGAGUUGUGAAAGACAUGGCAACAGGAAAGUCAAAAGGAUAUGGCUUCGUUUCCUUCUUCAACAAAUGGGAUGCAGAAAAUGCCAUACAGCAGAUGGGUGGACAGUGGCUUGGAGGAAGACAAAUCAGAACUAACUGGGCAACACGAAAACCUCCAGCUCCAAAGAGUACAUAUGAAUCAAAUACCAAACAACUGUCUUAUGAUGAUGUGGUAAAUCAAUCCAGCCCAAGCAAUUGCACUGUGUAUUGUGGAGGUGUUACUUCAGGCCUGACAGAACAAUUAAUGCGCCAGACUUUUUCACCAUUUGGACAGAUAAUGGAAAUUCGAGUCUUCCCAGACAAAGGAUACUCAUUUGUACGGUUCAAUUCCCAUGAGAGUGCUGCACAUGCAAUUGUUUCAGUUAAUGGUACUACAAUUGAAGGACAUGUUGUGAAAUGCUAUUGGGGCAAAGAAACUCUUGAUAUGCUAAAUCCAGUUCAACAGCAGAAUCAAAUUGGAUAUCCACAGGCUUAUGGUCAGUGGGGCCAGUGGUAUGGAAAUGCCCAACAAAUUGGCCAGUACAUGCCCAAUGGUUGGCAAGUACCUGCAUAUGGAAUGUAUGGACAGGCAUGGAAUCAACAGGGAUUUAAUCAGACACCUCCUCCUCCUCCACCACCACCACCACCACAGACUUCUGCACCAUGGAUGGGUGCAAAUUAUGGAGUACAGCCACCUCAAGGGCAGAAUGGGAGCAUGUUACCCAAUCAAACUGGAUAUCGCGUGGCAGGUUAUGAGACUCAAUGAGAAAGGACUACGGGAUCUUAACACCAGUGGCUUGAGGCUACAAGGAGUGUAGUAAAGCCUUUGUUUACUUAAAGAUUUAUCAAAUCAGUCAGUGCAAAUGUCAGAUACAAUGUAUUUAUUUAAAAGAAAUUCAUUUUUUAAUCAUGAAAUUACUUGUCAUCCACAUUGUUUUAAUAAGAAACAAGAUGCUGGAUGUCUGCCAAUUUUUGCCUUCAUUACUGUUUUUGAUAAUGUUUCUCAGAUCCUUGUUUGAAACACAAUAAAUGCAGGGAUUGCUGCCACUUUUUAAAAUUAAGAGGCAGAAAAUUGCACAAUGUCGAACUUUUUUCCACUGAAGUAGUGUGCAGUUCUAGUUUGCAUUCCUAAUAUGAUUUAAAAUGUGUAAUAUAAAAAAAUGUACAAAAAGCCAAAACUGUGCAGAGUCUGAAAGUUCUUUGAAAUCUUCAACUUGUGCACAAUUCUGUGUUUUAGAAGAACAGGCAUUGUCUCAGCUGUCCAUCUCCACUUUUGUCCUGUCUGUCAGGGUUUUUAAAUAUAAAUUAUUAGUUUACAUCAUUUUGUAUCAACAUUUUUUCACAAAAUUUUGUCUUGCCUUAUUAAAGUUCUGUAAAUUAUAGUUAAAUGGGGAAAAUGAUGUUCAACCUUUUAAAAAUUGCAAAACUUUCUCAGAUGGAUCGAUAAUUGCAUUCAUUUUGUGUUUUAUAUGAGAAGGUGCCUAGAGAAUUCCCUGUUAGAUUUGUUUUAAAGAAUUUUUAUCUUCUGUGAUAAACUUUGCUGUGUACCAGGAAAUAUAUAUAUAUAAAACCAUACUAAAGACAAUUACCGAAAUGUGAUAAAUUUCUAUGAACCCCCCUAUUCAUUUCAUCUGUCAACUUUACAUUUACAUGUAUUAUUUCACUAUCAUGUAAAAUAUUUUAGCAAAUUAAUAUUUUGCACAGUUAGCAAACUUUGUCAUUUCCUUAUUUAAAGGUAUGAUACAGAGUUGCCAUGAGAUUUAUAUUUUACGUUUGCAUGUCAGUAUCAAAUAUACACUUUGGUAGUCUUUGAAUACAAAGUCAUCUGCUCUUAUUUUUAAAAAAUUAAGACAGUUGUAAGUAAAAAGAAAAGCUAUCAAUUUGCUGUUUUCUAGUUGUUAGAUUUACUCAAGUAGAGUAAGUCACUUAAUUUUAAUAUGUACAACUAUAGCUGUGAAACUAUAGAAUAUCCUUUUAUCAGGCAUGGGGUAUGUAGAGUGCUCCACAAUUUGCCUGAAGGACCAGCUGGGCAAAGCAUUUUUUAAAAAAAAUGUUCAGAGGCCAAAAAAAAAAAAACCCAAAAAAAGAAAAAAAGAGAAAGAAAAAAAAAACCAACUUUAUGAUAUCCUACCUCCUUAACCAGCCUUCAAAGAGGAGAGUCCUCAGUGUAAUUUAUGAUCCUUUUGGUACCUGCUUUUGUGGAGUUCCCAGCUCACUCUGACUCAUUCUGCAUCAGUGUCUCUUUGGGAUAACUCCACAUAUUCAGGGGGUUUUAUCUUUGAUGGCUUCAUUCUAGUUUUUAAAGUUUCUUUUUAGUGCAUUUCAAAGUCUUAUGUAAGUCAUGAGGGAUUUUUUUGUUUUGCUUUUAUUUUAAAAUGAAGGGCAAGCUUGGUCUCUUCGAACCUCCUCCUCUUCCUUGCUUCACACUAGGAAAUAUUUGAGGUAGUGUGAUCCCAGUAUACACAUAACAUAUAUGUGUGUAUGUAUGUAUGUAUAUGUAUAGUUGGGGGUAUCUUUUUUAAAGACCUUCAAAACUCCUGACGCCUUAGGGACAAGAAAGGCCUAAGGAAUUUUAGUUUCUGGCCUAUAUCUCCAGGUAAGAGCAAAUGACUCUUAAGCUGGUCUCUUAAGCCAAUAAAUUGUAAAACUGGGGGCCAGAAAAGAAUGUUCAUAAGUGUUUAAUUCUCUGGAGAUCAAUUCUAUGCAGCUGUACUAAAAAUGUUUCAUUGAGUCACUGUGUGUGUUUUUUCAAGUGUUGGUACUUAAGAGUUUGCUUUAUGGAAGAUGGCGUAAAUUUUUUAAAAAAUGGAAACUUUAUUUCCAUGUUAACUUUUGCAGAUCAGGGCAUGCAACCCAAAACAAAAUGAAAAUGAAAUACUCAAAAAAAUAAAAUCAGGAAACUCAUUUUAGAUUUCUUGACUUAUGUUUCUAUUUAGACAUUCAUUGUAGCAUUCCAGAUUUAAACAAAAAUAGCUUUUACUUCCUGCAUAUCAAGAACUGCAGGUUGAAUUAAUUAGAUAGAUUGUAUGUCUAGAGCUAGAAGGAAUAUGAGAGGCCAUCUGGUUUAACCUUCUCUUUUUUAUAGAUGAGUAAACUUAGGCCCAGGGAGAUUGACUUGGCCAGGUUACCUAGGUAGUAUGCUUCAGAGGUAGGACUUGAACUCAGGUCCUCUGACUCCAGAGCCAUUGCUGUUUUUUUCUACCGGGCUGCCUCCCUGAUUUUGGAUAUAAACAGAAAUCAGAUUUUUCCCAUUUAUUUUAACUAUAGAAAAUAAAAAUGUUACAUGCUUGUUGUACUUGAUAACAUAAUACCAAAAUGCUCAGCACCUGCUGAUGGGAAAGAAGGUGGUCAAUAGAAUAACUGCUACUGCCUUACAUCUUAUUGAGAAAAGGUUACUAUUUAACAGCCUUGCAUUUUAAAACCAAUCUUAAACUGGAUUUAAGCUUCCCUGUAGAACAAAGGAAAUCAUUCAGAAGUUCUUUUCAUAAUCUGUCCAUAUCAGGUAAGGAAAUAAAAUGGUCAGAAUAUGAUUUUUAAAAAUUUUGCAAUAUCUGUUGCUAUCAACUCAAAACAAUUUACUACUGUAAAGGAUCCAAGGUGACUAACACUUGGUGGUUUAUGAAUCCAGUAUUCCACCCCUAGGCUAUUUGGUUAUUAAAAUCCCUUUAUAAUAAAGUUUCACAGAUACCUGGGAUGCUGUGGGUGCACGUGAGUGUGGAUGUGUGCAUGUAUAUUUUCAACAGUACUGUUAAGUCCAUUCAUAUACUUGAUGGGACAAAAAGUUUUCAGAAACUGCUGUUUGCAUUGAGUGUUAAAAGCUUCCAAGUAAAUGACAGUUAUGAAACCCAGAUUUAUUGUAGUCCCCUGAUGUUGGUAGCUUCUCCAUUGCAGAGGGCUGAUUCAUAUGUUGGUUUUCUUCUACUUUUGCCCAUGUCCUUGUGUUUUUCCCUUCUUAUAUGUCGAGUUUUCUACUUCAUUUGAAAAGAGAGACUGAUUUCACAUAGGAGCUUCAGUGAAAUAAGAUAAAUUAACAAGGAUUAAGUACUGUAGGGGAUACCAAAGAAGUAGGAGACAUGGGGCCUGUUCUCAAGGAGUUUAGUAACAAGAUAUAUAGGAAUGUUACAUGGAGCAAGGUAGAAAAAUGGGAGUGUUUAAAAAUCAGCUUCCACUAUAGGUUAUUUGUUUGCAUUUAAUUAAAUCAAUGUCUUUUGGCUCGUUUUAGAAUUUCAGGAAUUUAAUUCCAGAACAAUCAAGUAUGUUUUUAAGCCAUUAAGGACCUUAAUAAAAGUUGUGAAUUUGUGCCUCACUUUA